UGUUAUUGGCCCUUGGCCCCACCCUGGCUUCGAUUUACGAUCGUGAAAUAAACUCCAACGCAGUAUUCCUCUUCUUAUUCAACUAGUGACAGGUUUGUUGAUCUUAUAUGAUCGGAAAUCUCGAAUCUCGACGUCGUUGACAUCACCAGGUUCUGGAUCUGGAUCUGGACCAAAAUAACGAACUCCAGAUGCACCAGUUGGGCACUGCAUCGACACAUCAGCGAUGGGUGUUGUUGCACUUAAUCGUCGUCUGCCAAAAUGUAGUCGAUCGACAAUGAGCACCGAAUAGAUGACGAUGGCGAGACGCAAAGCGAACGCGGAUUACGAUAACAAAUAACUCGCUAUCUCUUCCGAUGAUAUUCGCAAAGCGCCGCCGAAUUGAUCGGGCGCAGUUGGCGGCCACCGCGCGCCGCUCCUCGGCUCACUGUUCACAUCGCCGAUGAAGAAGAAUUGAAUUACGAGCACGAGUACAGUUCGGUGUUGGUAGCUGGCGCACGUUCGGUGAGGGUUUUUUUUUCUCGGGCUUUCGCGGUCUUCGGAUUGUGAGACCUUUUCACGCGCCUUUCGUCGGCUGGCUGGCCAUUUUCGAAAUGUCGACCGAUUACGAAACCGCCUUCUCCAAGCUUAACGUAUCGUAUACCGUAUCCGAAGUAUUGGUUUCGGCCGUCACCAUAGUCGGUAAUAGCUUAGUUUUGGUGGCGUUCAAACGCGAACGAAAGCUCCGCAGGAGGACUAAUUACUAUAUUAUUUCCUUGGCUGUGGCUGAUCUGCUGGUUGGCUUGAUUGGUAUACCUUGCGCUAUACUGGCCAGCGUCGGAUUACCGAGACAGUUCCACGCGUGUUUGUUUUCCGUCUCGUUGUUGAUCGUCUUGUGCACCAUAUCGAUAUUCUCGCUGGUUGCUGUGUCGGUAGAUCGAUAUUGGGCUAUAUUGUAUCCCAUGUCGUACUCCAGGAAUGUGACGUCGAAAUUCGCUUUGGGAAUCAUUUGUUUAUGCUGGAUAAGCGGAGGACUGGUAGGAUUCCUACCAUUAUUCGGUUGGAACGCCGGAGAAGGAGUUCCAGAAUGCUCUUUUACCAAAGUAAUGGAUUAUAAUUUCUUGGUAUUCUUGUAUUUCGCCACCAUCGUCUUCCCAGCAUUACUAUUGGCUGCAUUUUACGCCCAUAUUUACAACGUUAUACUAAAACAAUUACGUCAAAUGGUAUCGAUGAACGAGACAGCCGCUUUCCACACUGGUUUCAGCGCACCUCCUUCGACAGUACGAAUCCUAGCCGAUGCUCGAAAAAAAGAAGUCAAAGCGACUCAAAACCUCUCCAUUAUCGUGCUGUUCUUCAUCCUGUGCUGGAUGCCUCUAUACACCAUCAACUGUAUCCAGGCAUUCUGCGAAAACUGCGAUGUACCAGAGUUGGUUCUCAACCUAUGUAUCAUCUUGAGCCACCUCAACUCGGCUGGCAACCCUCUUCUGUACGCUUAUCGUCUGAGCGACUUCAGAACAGCCCUGCGUUGCCUCCUGUUCGGAUUCAAUUCGACGGAUAAUCUUUACGCUAGAACCGAACAAGGUACGAACGACUUCAGCAUGCCGAAAGCCAGGCAGAUGAUCUCGAUAAACAUAAACCCGAGAAAAUACCUAUUCCCUAAGAACUCAUUAUUCAAAUUCGACAACAAAGAUUCCAACGCCGAGACUCGUUUCAAUAGUAGAAGAGACGAGUACUCUUUGGAUUCGUCCAACGACAGGUACCUAACUCUGGCUACCAAUUCCACGUACGAGUAUUCUCGACGAUCUGCCGAUACAGACAGCAAUAAUUACGGUUACCUGAAUUCCGAGUACAUCGAUAGCAAUUUAUCUUUGAGUGGCACGCGUAAGAAGAGGAUACAAACUAUAAUGGAUAAUUUGGAUAACUCUUCGUACAUUCUGAUGGCUAAUUUUGACAACGUACGAAACAGCGGUAUGAGAAAACAGAUUUUCGAAGCUGAUCGCAGAGUUUCGCAGCCGUUACAAAGAAGGCACAGCUGGACCACAUAGAUUAUUAGAUAACUCGGGUUAUUUUUGUACGUACAAUGUGUACCAGGUACCUGUUAUGAAAAUACGAAGGCGCGAUGCAGCUUUGAGAAGACGACCUUCGGGUUCGCGACUUGCGAGACCUAGAACAGGUUGCUAGAUAGAGUGCGGUUAUGGCGCUGGCGCGUUCAGGAAUGCUCAUUCAUGGAAGACUCGUACCUAUAGACCUACCGAGAAACGAUAAUGAGCGGAGUAGACUAAAAUAAAUAGGUAUACGCAGACAUGGAGGCGUAGACAACUCCCAUGUGCGCGAUUAAAAUCACAUCCGUAUGGGAAUUAUGGUUAAAUCGAUGUCUGGAUGUCAGAAGAUGUACCUAGAAUGUUUCAAAAACCAAUUUCAGCCACAAAAAUAAAAGAAAAAAAAACAGAUCAAAAUUUUACUCUUCGACUUCGAUCGGUUGAAAUACAUUAUGAUCAAAUACGAUAUUUUUGUAAACGGAUUUUGAUGAAUUUUGUGAUGUAUAGAGAAUGGAGAUGAAUUUUUGCAUGAAACGAGUAGAAAAAUUUUCAAAUUCGAUCGAAUUUAAAUCAUACACCCAUAUAUGAGAUUAUACGUGCUUGAAGUGUAAAAAUGAUGUGGAAUUUUUUUCAAAUUAUAAAAUUUAAUACUCGUACUAUGAUAAUUGAUAAAUGAUAAUUGAUAAGCAAUUGCAAGAUAACAUGUAUGUACGUAUUUGAUCAAAAGUUUUUAUUAUUCUUUUGUUUGUUUGAUAAUUGUCCAAUAAACUGAUUUGCCAUGGAAUUAAAAAA